AUGCGCCUCCACCAGCGCUGCUUCCAAGUGACCACGACUUCAUUCAUCAAUGACCCUUGGCGACCGAGCAAGCAACGAACAACUCUCCACCAAGCCACAAACGUCCCUCAUCAUCUUCCAGGAACCUCGACAUUCAUUCAGGCUAGUACAAAGGAGGAUGCCUUUGGAGCCGGCCAUCGUACUCAUCAGGGCAGUGACAUGAUGCUGGGAACCCAAAGCAACGAAGAACAGGCAAGGGCCGCCAUCUUCGUGAAAUCCGUGCCUGAUUACCUGAAUCUUGGGACCACCUGA